AUGGAUCCAUUGGACGAUGUUGAAAAUUGUGAACCCCAUCAUCACCUGCUUAAAAGACCACCUGUAGAUAUCGAAUUUUCAGACUUGACUUACAGUGUACCACAAGGACGAAAUGGAUCAAAAAUUAUUCUUCGGAGUGUAAGUGGUUUGUUCAGAUCCGGUGAACUGACAGCUAUACUCGGACCGUCUGGCGCGGGGAAAAGUACAUUGAUCAAUGUAUUAGCUGGUUAUAGAUGUGGUGACGCCCGAGGUUCAAUCAUGGUAAAUAGCCGACCAAGAGAAAUGAAAUCAUUUCGAAAAAUGUGUCGUUACAUAAUGCAGGAAGACCUCUUGCAACCGGCACUUACAGUAUUAGAGUCCAUGGAAAUAGCUUCAGAUUUAAAGCUUGGUUCUACGAUUUGCAAAGAAAACAAACUUGAAUCUAUCGAAGAUAUCCUACAAAUGCUUCGGCUUACUAAAGCGAAACACACACUCAUGGAGAAUUUAUCUGGCGGAGAAAGAAAACGAUUGUCUAUCGCUUUGGAGCUUGUUAACAAUCCCCCUGUAAUAUUCUUGGAUGAACCUACCACUGGUUUAGACGACUUAUCCAGUUCGCAAUGCGUGUCAUUACUUAAGGAUCUUGCCCAUGGCGGUAGAACAAUCAUAUGUUCUAUACACACACCCAGCGCAAAAUUAUUUGCGAUGUUUGAUCACAUAUAUAUAGUAGCCGAAGGACAGUGUAUGUUUGCAGGAGUUGGUCAGGAUAUAGUUCCGUACCUGUCUGCCGUAGGACUCAAUUGCCCUAAGCACUACAACCCAGCGGAUUUCAUGAUAGAAGUUUGCAGCAGGGAGUAUGGAGAUUAUUCGGAAAAAAUGUCAACGGCCGUGGACAACGGUAAAUGUUUGAGGUGGUUCAAAGAUAAUUCUGAAACGAGGAAGCCAAUCGUACGCCGAGCGUCACAGUACGACACGGUCUCCAAUCAUCUGUACGAUUUUUCUAGUACGGGAUGGUCUCAGUUUAACGUGCUCCUCAGGCGAAUGAUGAUACAACACAAAAGAGACUACACGUAUUUAUUGUUCAAACUGUUCAUGUACACGUUUAUCGGCCUAGUAGUCGGCGGCAUGUUUUUUCAAUUCGGAAAUGACGCUUCUAUGACUAUUUUCAACUAUGGGUUCAUAUUUAUCACUAUUAUCGUUUUCAUGUACACACCACUUAUGCCAGUAUUGUUAAAAUUUCCUAUAGAAGUUCAGCUAUUGAAACGGGAAUACUUCAACCGAUGGUACGGACUGAAUGCUUAUUUUUGUGCGCUCACGUGUUCACAACUCCCGAUGCAGAUAAUCCUAUCGUCAGUCUACAUAGCGAUAACUUACUUCUUGACAAACCAACCGUUGGAAUGGGAACGAGGAAUUAAAUUUUCCGUUGUGUGUUUGAUGGUGUCCUUGUCAUCAGAGAGUUUGGCGUACGCGAUUUCUUCACAAUUCAACGUUACGAACAGCGUGUUCUUCGGACCGUGCGUGGCUUGCCCGAUGAUGCUGCUGGCGUCGUUUGGUCUGGGCUACGAGGAAGAUGAGAUCCCCGGCAUAAUCCGGCUGGGCAUGAACUUCAGUUACCUGCGGCACGGCGUCGAGGCGCUCGUCAUGGCCAUCUACGGCAACGGCCGUGGCCGGAUGGAUUGCCCCAAGAGCGAGGACUACUGCGAUCUCCGGGACCCGUCGGCCCUGUUCAAGACAGUUGGCAUGUCAGAGGUGACAUACUGGGGGUCGAUGAGCGCCUUGUGCGGUAUGUUCCUCGCGUUCAAGGUGGCGUCGUACGUGAUGCUUCGGCGGAGGCUCAGCACCAAACCGUCGCUGCUGCUCAAGCUCGGGUUCGUCGGCCGUUUCAUCAAGGCCAACUUUAACAUUCCUCGCUGA